CGCGAGCGACUGCUCCACAGCGAAUUAGUACGCAGUGCAAAUUUCGCUGACAGCCAGUACAUAUUCACCGUGCGCUGCCACCUUUGGUGGUAUUGGCGCGUUUAUCGUUACGACUACGGUGUCUCAUUCAUUCACCGACAGCUCGUCGAGACUGUGCUUCUGCCUCCGCGGGCCGCCGAUCUGACUUCCUCCAUGUCGACACUAACUAUGGACCCGCCACCUCUUUCACCUAGUGAGUGUCUGCAGAACACAAAAGACCUUUUAGGGUUCUUUCUAAAGGUUGGCGCUGAGCAGACUAAUGCUGGCAAUAAAAACCAUUUUGAAGAGCGCAUUAACAGUUGUCGAUAA